AUGGAUAACUGCAAGCGCAAACAACAGUGCGCAAAGAUGGAGAAUGGAACUCGUUGUCCACAGCAGCACCAUCAACUCCUGCACAAGAGCAAUUCUGUGAGGAUUGGCGUCGCCACUAUAGUCAGCCCCAAUGAACCAAUUCUUUCCGUCUUAUCUGCUAACAUCGGUAGCGUCAACGGUCUCUUUAAAUGCGGAAACGUACUUCUGGACUCGGGCGCACAAGGAAAAGAUGUGUCCAUAACGAUUACUAAAGUUGGUGGAGAGGAAGAAACGAUUGAGACAAAGGAAUACAAUGUUCAUCUAACCUGUAUUGACAACAACAAGCGUUUUAACGUUAAAGCAAUCGGCAUCCACAGCAUCAGUGACGAGAUUCCGGCAGUGAAAACCUCGCAUUUACCGGAAGUUCUUGGCUUACCAAACACAAGAUUUCGCCGUGGAAAAGGGCACGUUGACCUGUUGAUUGGCAUUGAUCACGCACGCAUGCAUGCUGGUGAAACAAGACAAGUGGACAACCUGCUAACUCGCAAGUCUCCACUUGGGUGGGUAGUUUUUGGAGGAAACCCAGAGCAGAUCAGUGACGUAACCAGCAUAUUACAUGUCAAGUACUCCUCACCAAUAGACCUGACAAGCUUCUGGACAACGGAAGCUAUGGGUGUGGCCGUGAAACCCUGUGCCUGCGAUGCAGACAAACUGACUCAAGCAGAAAAAGAAGAAGCCGAGCUCAUAGAGGAGUCGUGUUUCAAAGUCGAAAACCAAUGGAUGAUCCCCUACCCUUGGAGAAAAGACCCUAACCUGCUGCCAGACAACAAAGAAUUGGCUAUGAAACGCCUAGAGUCAACAGAACGACGCCUGAAAAGAAAUCCUGAACAAGCUGAAGCCUACUGUAAACAGAUGGAGGAAAUGGAAAUAAUGAAAUUUGCGCGAAAGCUGUCAAAAGAAGAACAAGAUGAGUAUCAUGGUCCUGUUCAUUACUUUCCCCAUCACGCUAUACUGAGGCCAGACAAGAAGAGCCCACCUGUUCGAAUUGUUUUCAAUUCAUCCUCUGCAUUCCAAGGGCAUACGUUGAACGAUUACUGGAAAAAGGGUCCCGACCUUUUAAGCGGCAUGUUUGGAGUUGUCCUAAGAUUUCGAGAGAGAGAAGUUGCCGUAGUAGGAGACAUCUCCAAGAUGUAUCAUCGGGUCCUUAUUCCUGAACGAGAUCAACAUGUACACCGCUUUCUGUGGAGAAACAUGGAGACAGAAAGAGAACCUGACAUAUUUUUCAAAACAGUUCUGACAAUUGAGGACAAGCCUGCACCCGCCAUGGCGCAGAUAGCCCUAAGAAAAAAAAACAGCGCAAGAGAACAAGGCAGGCUACCCAGCAGCGGCCGAAGUGCUAACGAACAACACACGGGAGGAUUCAAAGUUAAAGAGUGGAUCUCUAACAAGGUGCUCAAAGAGAACGUAAGCGGUGACGCAGAGAAGGAAAUAAAUCUGGUAAAAGGACAUGAGGAGAAAGUCCUGGGAACCAUGUGGAGCUUCAGAACAGACAAGUUUCACUUCAGAGUGGUAGUAGACUUACUGAAGCUACACAACAGUCCAAGCCAUGUGCAGAAGAUGACCAAAAGAAUGAUCCUGAGUCAAGUCGCUCGCAUUUACGAUCCGAUUGGAUUUGCAGCAGCUUUCAUCGUCAGAACAAAGAUAGGAAUGCAAAGACUGUGGCAGCUGGGAGUGGAUUGGGAUGACCAGGUGCCACCUCCAGUUCUGGAAAGCUGGAUUUCACUCUUCCAGGAAAUUAAGGAACUAGACAGUGUGUCCUUCGAAAGAUGUUUAACGGUAGUCAAUGCUGUGGAACCGCCGAUGUUAUGCGUUUUCGCUGACGCAUCACAAGACGCACUCGGUGCAUGUGCCUACGCACGCCAGAGAAAGGAUGACAACACUUACGCAGUCAAGUUCAUCUCAGCGAGGUCGCGAGUAUCCCCGCUGAAACAGCUGACAAUUCCGCGCUUGGAGCUUCAAGCAGCCGUUCUCGCUAGCCGCCUGGCCAAAUCCAUUCAGGAGGAAUCUGGGAUACAGUUUAAAUAUGUUUAG